CCCCCUCCCUUCCCCUUCUAAAAUUCGACGCUACUGUAUGUAUACUGCAUACUGUACCGCAUAACCCGUACUUACAACCACCAACAUCCCUCAUCCCAUCCCUCUUUGUCGCCUCGGCCCCAAAAAUCCACAGUUCCCCAUCAACUCCUCCCCAUCCCCAUCCCAAAUAUCACCACCACCUCAUAUUCUCCGCAACCUCUCGCCGUCCGGAGAAAUUUCCUCUCCCUCUCAUCCCCUCACAACAUGCUCCACGCCCGCCUUACCACCCUCACCGCAUGACGUAGAAAGAAUCUCCGUCGCGCCGUACGCCCAACAAAUCCCGCCCCGGCCAUUGGCGCGAUCGCAGAAGGGCUCCCAGCAGCCCCCAGGCGCUGCUGCUGCGCUGCCGCUCCUGUUGGUGCCGCUGCCGCUGGGCGAUGAGAAUGGCGACCUCCGCCUUCAGACCCGCUGUGGGCAUUGAGCGUCUCCCGGUCUCGGCUGCUGCCAGGAGACUGAGCAAUGAGCCCCGCGAGAGUAUGAAUUGCAAGAGCUGUCGCAAGAGGAAGAUCAAGUGCAACCGGCUGCGGCCGACUUGUGAGGCCUGCCAGGUCUUCCAGUGUCCCUGUGUAUAUGACGCCGUGCCCAAAAAGCGCGGUCCCAAGACCGACGUCCUCGAAGCACUCCUCAAGCGCGUAGACGGCCUCGAGCGCCGCCUCAAAGACGAGAAACAACUCAACGGCUCCAAGGACUCUCCGAGCGACCCUCCCUCCGUCCCGCCCGACACCUCUUCCUCAGCUGGCACCGAUACCUUCCCCGAACACGCCCAGCAGCAGCGCCCUAAUCUCAAGACCGAAAAUAUACCCGAGCCCACCAUUGAGAGCGCUAUCUACACACCCACCCCUAGUGUGCAGAGUCCCGCAGUCGCAGACGAUGUCCUUCUCGAUGCCUACUUCGGGCGUGCGCAUGGAAAACCCUACUUCAUCCUCGACGAGGGCGUGAUCCGCUCGCGUGUCCAGGCAGGCACCGCCCCGAAUGGACUGUUGCUCGCCCUCUAUGCCGUGGGUGCCAGGUAUGCCGUGCAUCCCAACGGAUACCAUGCUGCGGUGCGGCUGAGCGAGGAGUACGCGACGCGAGCGCGCGCGGAGGUCAACAUCGACGAGCCGAGUAUCGAGACGCUGCAAGCGCUGCUGCUGCUAUCGUUAUCCUUUGUCGCCUUGGGGAGUGGGAAGAAGGCGUAUAUGCUCCUAGGAUCCGGAAUCGGAAUGGCUAUGGCUCUCGAACUACACCGCGAGGCGGACCCUAGGUUAAAAUUAUCCUCCGGCGAACGAAGUCUAAGGCGGCGUCUCUUCUGGUCAUGUUACCUCAUGGACCGAUUCGCGUCGUGUGGAUCGAAGCGUCCAUCUAUGAUUCCCGACAGCUCAUUAAUCCUCCGUCUACCCUCAUGGUCACCAAACCCCCAAUCUGCGCCUGUAGAAGGCGAAUUCUUCCAAGACGGGAGUAACCUCCAAUACCACGCCGGCAGCGGCAAGACGUCGCAAGGCGGCACGGGACUCCUCAUCGACAUCGUGCGGAUCCUGGGUAACACGUCGCGCUACCUCGCCGCCGGCGGCGUCAAGGGCGACAGCCACUUCCCCUGGCACAGUCUCUCGAACCUCUCCAAGAUCCGACAGGACCUAGAUAUCUGGGCCUCGGGGACCGCGGACGUCUUCGCCUCCACAACACCACUAUUCCAUCAACCCGAUAGCACGAUCCUCAUCCUCGCGAAACUCAUAUACCACCUCAUCCACGUGCUCAUCUACCGCCCCUUCCUCCCCAUCGACCUCGCAGAGCUAGCCGGGACAGGCCAGCACCAGAGCUGGCAGAUCGAAGCGACCAACCUCUGUUUCUUGCACGCCAACGCCAUCGCCGAGCUCGUCGAACUGGGACGACAGGCAGGAUCAACAGAAUGGCCCGCCUUCGUAGGCUACUGCGUCUGCAGCGCCGGCACCGUGCACGUCCACGGCUCUCACUACAAGACCUCGCAUUCCGACGAGGUGUUCUCCUCCUCCCCCGACCUUCUAUCGCGAUCCAUGCACCAGCUCUCCAAACUCCGGUACACCUGGGCCCUCGUCCAGCACCAGCGCGACACCCUACAAGCGCUGUACGCGGCGCACGCGGAGCUGCUGAAGAACCUGGCAUCCUCACCUAUGCGCUACUCCCCCGUCUUCCAUCUAGAAGAUUUCUUCGACCGCUACGCCGCCCUCGGCGCCUCCUUCGACGGCGCGCACGUCUCCUUUGCGGAGGUGGCGCUGAGGCAUCCGGCUGAUGAGGAGUAUCGCGCGCAUAACCUGCAUGCUAUGCCCGCUUCAUCUUCACACUUCCCCGACGGCACAUCUGGGUAUCCAGGUAACGCUGCGACGGGGAAGAGGAAGCGCGAGGCGGGGGAGGGGAAUGAAUUACCUACUCGCCUACACGACUCCACAAACGGGAAUAACCCGACCUCAGCAACAACAGAUACCUUCCCGCACCUCGACUUCUCUAACCCCUCUUCCUUCCCUAUCACCAGCAACGGCAACGGCGCAGGUACGUCUUCUCGGCACCCGAGGACGUCGAUGUCCCUCGGCGCCGGGAAUGGUGGGUACCCCGAGCAUCUCCAUAAUGGAAAUGGCAACGGCAAUGGCGGCAACUCUGCCCAGUUUGGUGGAGCAAUGGGGAUGUAUCCGCUCUCCACACCACCCCCCGGCACCGACAUGUUUGGGUCACACAACAACAACCAUGGUCUCAACCCGCCCACCUCGUCUCACCAAAAUCAACACACAUCCGCACAGUCACCCCUUGCGUAUGACGCGCAAACCCCUUCGGCGGGAAGCGGCUGCGGGGUGGCGGGUGGACUUGGGAAUGCAGGGGGUGGAGGGAUGGGAGGACAGGGACAGGAGGGGGAGGAGAAGGAUCCGUUUUUGACGCUGCUGGAGCAGUUGGCUGAGAAUGAGUAUAGUGGGGGCGGGCCGAGCGAACUGGAUUUCUUUCUUGGAGGGGUGGAGGGGGGAGGGAUGGGUUAGUGAGGAGUUACCUUGCCUAGGGAAGGGGGAGUGCCCGAACGAACGAUGAUGGGAAGCAGGAUGUGAGGAGGGGAAAGCAGGAUUUUCAACCGAGGAUCGACACAAAUGAACGAAACUUGGCGUUCGCCACCCACCGGCAUUACCACCGAUAUUACACCCCUCCCUCCCCAGAUUUUUCUCGUUCCUGGGGGACCAGGGAGGCGGGAGGCGGGAGCGGAGCGAAUGUGGGGGAUCUUCCCGAUCCUCCUUCACUCCCCGGCUCCUGAUCUGACGUGGCGAAAUGAGCACAGGGCUGAGCUUGAUGCGGGUGCGAGCCGAUACGAAGCUAUACGAGACGGAGAAGCGUUUCUUGCUGGGAUGAAAAUGGAGGACCUGAUACCGCCGCGAAAGAAGAGAUGUGGCGUCUAUCUGUGUGCGUGGCUCGGUGUGUUAUCGCCCGCGGGGUGUGGUGGGAUAUUCGUCUUUUCGGGGGAGUGUUGGGGCGAGAGUUCGGGCGAUGGGAGAUGAGCCGGAAAGGGAAGGAGG